AUGGAAAAUGUUCGCAUUGACCUUCUUAACUCCAACGAAUUCAAAGAAGUUCAUCCACAUCUCGAAACGAGAAUCACUGAUACGCCAAAACUUAUGAUUCCACGAAUCGAAACGAAAGUCGUCGGUCUCAGACCAGACGUCAAAUAUACUGCAGUUCUGGAAUUCAAGAGAGCAUCUAAAUUCAUGUGAGUGAUCUUAAUUGAAAUUACAAACUAACAUAUUUGCAUUCAGACACGAUUUUAUUGAUGAAAAAAAAUCUCGUGAAAUGGAAACGGACAAUAGGAUCCUGACUCAUCCGGACGGUGUGAAAAGUGGUGAACAGUGGUGCGCGGGUGCCGUGGUGUGGCCAGUGGAGUUCGUAGUCCAGAAACGAUGUGAUUCGGAAAUGAUAGUCAGUGACUCAUUAUUUUAAAUGCCAUGGUAUUUCUGCAGGUUGUGCUUACACGUAACUCGCGUUACAUCCCGGUCGUCUCUUUUCGGGAUGCUGUAACUGGAGUGACCGUUGCUGAGAAAGUGCUCGAAAUCGCCUCGUUUUACACAACUACCACCUACAGAACUGGAAACAGAGGACAUUUCAAAAUGAGAUGGUGUUUCAAUGUAAGUUCGUUCCUUUUUUGUCAAUUUUUAAAUAUUCAUUUUUUGUAGACCAGGGAACAUGCCCAAAAGAACGGACAGAAAAAAAAGAAGUCCUUUAUGAUUGCCGAUAUUUUGGGCGUCCAGAAAAAGAGGCCGUUGAAGAGAACCGCUCGAGAAAUCGAUGCUCCGGAAGUUCCAGACCCCAAGAAAAGCAAAUCAAUUCUGAGAGGCGGCUUUUGGAAAGUUCCACCAUCUACCAGUUUGUCCGCCAAACACCGUUCAGUGUUGGGGAUUAUGACUGAGCUCGAAGCACGUCAAAAAAUAUCUCCAACUGGAUUCAUAACCGACUUUUGCUCCCUAGCCACCACUCACGGACUCCAGAUAUCUUCGGAGAACGCUCCGAAGCUUGACAUUUUCUGUUAUUUCUCCGGGAUGGUCUACGCAAAAAGAACACUCAACGUUCGUAGGAAGAACGAGAUCAUCCAACCACUGCUGAACGAUCUAUGUGCCAACCAAUGUAUUCCGACCAAGGACGGCUGGAUCCAAUGCAUCUUAGUGCACGGCUGCCUGAUUCACAAUGUGCCCGUCACCCCGUACCUGCUGACGAAUUUCGAAGAUCUUCAGAGCGCAGCAGGUGUCCGUUUUCCUGAAAAGUAA